AUGGGCGGUAAAGAAUCCUCAGAUAGUUCUAGUCCUAGUUUAUGGUUGGCUCCAAACCCGAGUAAACGAUGGGCAGAGAUUUUCUUUCUUUGUUACACUCCUUUUUGGCUCACUCUUUGCUUGGGUAUUGUGGUUCCUUACAAGCUGUACGAGAGCUUCACAGAAUUGGAAUACUUGCUUCUGGGUUUGAUUUCAGCUGUUCCUUCUUUCUUGAUACCAAUGAUGUUUGUUGGAAAGGCUGAUAGCAAAUUGUAUUGGAAGGACCGUUAUUGGGUCAAGGCCAGUCUGUGGAUAAUCAUUUUCAGCUAUGUUGGAAAUUACUUCUGGACCCACUAUUUUUUCACAGUUUUGGGAGCUUCUUAUACAUUUCCAUCAUGGAAGAUGAAUAAUGUACCACAUACAACUUUCCUUCUGACACAUGUUUGCUUCCUGUUUUAUCAUGUUACCUCAAACAUGACAAUCCGCAGACUACGGCAUGCUGUUGCUGACUUACCGGAUUAUCUUCGAUGGGCUACUGAGGGUGCAUGGAUUUUGGCUCUUUCAUACUUCAUAGCAUACCUGGAGACUUUAGCUAUUUCGAAUUUCCCUUACUAUGAGUUCGUGGACCGGCGUUCAAUGUACAAAGUAGGUUCCUUGUUUUAUGCCAUCUACUUCUUUGUAAGCUUCCCAAUGUUUCUGAGGAUUGAGGAGAAACCUGGUGAUCUAUGGGAACUACCAAGAGUGGCUGUUGAUUCUCUGGGUGCUGCAAUGCUGGUUACAAUAAUACUCGACUUGUGGCGCCUCUUUUUGGGACCUAUUGUUUCACUUCCAGAAACAAAACAGUGCUUUCAACAGGGACUACCCUGGUUUCCUGGACAUGCCAAUCGAACGUAA